AUCAUCCAGUCUUCAUUAUUAGAUAAUAAGGAAACUAAUAAUAUUGUAUUUUAAAAGAAAAAAAUGUGAUAUUUUUUUAAAUAAAAUUUCUGAUAUUUAUACCCGCUUUAUUUUACCAAGUAGAUUUAAUUACACGUGCGAGUAAAUGUUUUUUUUUUCCUUUUUUUCGUUUCCUAAUAGCCCUUGAAAUCAAUAUAUAAAAUACGACGAGACCACUUUUGUCUAAUUUGCCUAGCUUCAGGUUUCAGAAGAAGGAAAGAGGAUGUCGAUGGUUGAAAAAUACAACGAGAAAGAGCAACAAGAGUUUGUUGGGUUUAGGUUUCAUCCUACGGAGCAAGAACGCAUCAGCUAUUGUCUCAGGCGUAAUAAGGUCGCCAAAACAUCGAAUAAAGUAUUAGAGUUAGAAGACAAGACCGAUUUAUAUGCCAAAGAGCCGUGGCGGUUAAGUCACAGAGAGACAGACUUUUUCAAACCUAACGAGUGGUACUACUUCGUGACACUGGCUCAGGUCUCUGGAAACCGCAAAGUCAAAGGAGAGACGUGUGAGGGGCAUUGGAAAGCCCUUGGGAAGCUGAGUGAUGUUGUAUCAAAGGAUAAGCGUGAGGUGAUUGGGAAGAAGAGGAUUCUCAGUUUCUACGUCAAAGGUGAGAACAACUCGAGUGGUUGGACCAUGACGGAAUACUAUACCCUUGAUGGUGGCUCAUUCCAAACUCAUGUUCUCUGCCACCUUAAAGGACCAUGAUUCUGUGUUUUGGUUAAUGUCAGUGAAGAGGAGGACUUCUACUUUUAUUUUAUUUUACUUCAAUUCUAAGUUUAGUCUGAAAAUUCCCUAGUAGUCUUAUUUAUUUAUGAACAAAAUUUACGUUGAAGGAGAAUAUCAUAAGUUUUCUUGUUUA